AUGGCCGGGGAAGCCACGGCCGGGGAAGCCACGGGAAGCGACGGGACGGGCCGGCGGCGGCCGCGCGUCCCGUUAAAUGCGGCGGCGGCGCGGGGGCGGGGAGCGGCGGGGCGGCCCCGCGGGGGGAGACUGGUGGAUGCCACCCUCUGUCCUUCUCUUCUUCCAGCUGCUGCAGCACAAUGGGCCAAGAUCUGCUCAAGUGAGUCAGCAAACAAAGUCAGAGGCUGCGACUCCCAGGGCUGCGGGGGAUACAACUACCCCAGGGGAGGGAGGAAGCACAAGGGAGUGGACGUGGUGUGCCGGGACGGCGCCGAGGUGUUCGCCCCCUUCACCGGCAGGGUCGUCAAGCAGGCCAAGCCCUACGGCAACGGCAACGCCAUCGACAACGGAGUCCAGCUCGCAGGCUCAGGAUUCUGCAUCAAGAUGUUCUACAUCAAACCUGUCAAGUACAGUGGCUCCAUCAAGAAGGGAGAGAAAAUCGGCGUCCUGCUGCCCCUGCAAAAGGUCUACAGAGGAAUCAUAUCCCACGUCCACAUCCAGAACUGUGACCUGACAGAUCCUACUCCCUACCUGUAGAUGGGGGGCUGCACAUCCACAGCAAAGCCUUCAUUAAGCUGCUUGGGCACAGGUAGCCACGCUAGCACAGCAGAAGCCACUGAGCCUCCAACGGUUGUUCCACCCAGAAAGCAUCCCUGAAGGAGAUGCUGGUGGGGAUCUGAACACAAGCAGGCUCAGAGCAAGGCAUAACUCGUGUCUUACACACACCCUGCACAGCACUGCUCUCAUAGCUGAAGGCUGAAGCAGUGGGGAGCAAGUGAGGGCCAGGGGAGGGCGAGUCCUCCAUGCUCAGCUCUCUCCUCUUGGCCUUCCCUGCUCCCUUUGCAGCCAAACACAAAAAUCCCUUCCAGAGGCCGGGAAUGUCACUUGUGCUUGCAUAUGGAAAAUCACAGCAUUAAAA